AUGCAUUGUACAAGGAGGAAGCGACUGCAGUUGAGCCGGAUUUUAUUUCUCUUAUCUGGAGUUUUCCUAUGCACCCUCUACCAGCUGACCAUCAGUGCCCGAUUAUAUGAACCUUUGCCAUUGCCUCAGAUUGCAGAGGAUUUUGGAGAAGGCUCAACAGAGGGUGUAGAGGAGGCCACAGCAGAGCCUGGGGCACUGGAGGAACCGCUCACUGCAACACAUGAAAUAGAGCCCACAGAUCAAACAACACCAGAGAUGCAUGUGGUACAUCAUACGGAUGCGGAUACAGAUAUUAAAACAAAUACUGAUACAACUUCAGAUUUCAAAGCAUCCACCCCUACUGAAUCUCCCCAGGUGCCAACCACAAACCGAACUAUUGUACACUGCAUUUAUGUGGCCCCUGAACCACCAGCAGAGACCCCCACACCAGUUUCUCCAGUCACUACAAUUUCUCCAGCUUCCCCUGGUGAAGCUCCACAUGUCAAGGGUGAAUACCCUGAAGAUAUCUUCUCUAUUGAAGAUCGCAGGCGAGGAUGGGUGGUUCUCCACAUUUUGGGGAUGAUGUACAUGUUUGUGUCUCUUGCAAUUGUCUGUGAUGAGUUCUUUGUGCCUGCGCUCGGGGUUAUCACAGACAAACUAGCUAUCUCAGAUGAUGUCGCAGGAGCCACUUUCAUGGCUGCUGGAGGUUCUGCACCAGAGCUUUUUACCUCCUUGAUAGGAGUCUUCAUUGCCCAUAGUAAUGUGGGCAUUGGCACAAUUGUUGGUUCAGCAGUUUUCAACAUUUUGUUUGUGAUUGGAAUGUGUGCUUUGUUUUCUCGGGAGAUUCUUCAUCUGACCUGGUGGCCACUUUUUAGAGAUGUCUCAUUCUACAUAUUUGACCUCAUCUUACUAAUCAUCUUCUUCUUGGAUAAUGUCAUAUUGUGGUGGGAGAGCGCUAUGCUGGUGGCUGGCUACUCUUUCUAUGUCAUCUUUAUGAAGUACAAUGUGCAACUGGAGCGAGCGUUCAAGACCCAACUCCACAAACACAAGAGCAUUGUGAAAGUUAUUGCAGUGGAAGAACCUGAAAAGACAAAUGGGGACGAUGAAGAUAAUGCCCCUCCUGUUCCAGAGGACAAGAAUCGGUUAAAGUUGAAGCCAUCCCUUCAGCGAGGGGGGAGUUCAGCUUCUUUACACAACAGCACCAUGAGAAACACCAUCUUCCAACUCAUGAUUCACACGUUAGACCCUCUUGGAGAUGGGAAAUUUAAGGAAAAGGCUGAAUCUCUGACAAGUGUGGCUAGAAAGAAGUCAGAACCAAAAUCUCAUGACAAAAGUGAAGAAAGUGGAGGGAAAACUGAUCAGACCAAAGAGCAAGAUGCUGCCCCAGCCACAGAUACAGAGAAGAAAGAACAGCCAGAGGACAAGAAGGAUGAUGUCCCAGCAGAACAGGGUGGGUCAGGGGGCUCAGAAGAUUCUGGGAGUGAUGAAGGAGACAGUGAUGAUGAAAGUGAAGAAUCCAGUGAAGAAGAGUCUGAGGAGGAGGAGGAAGAGGUUGAGGAGGAAGAGGAAGAGGAACAAGAAGAUGAACCUCUUUCCUUACACUGGCCUGAGACACGACGUAAGCAAGCCACCUACCUCUUCCUGUUGCCCAUUGUCUUCCCUCUAUGGCUCACAGUUCCUGAUGUUCGCAACCAAAAAUCCAGAAAAUUCUUCGCGAUCACAUUCCUGGGCUCCAUUAUGUGGAUUGCUAUCUUUUCCUACCUCAUGGUGUGGUGGGCCCAUCAGGUGGGCGAAACCAUAGGCAUCUCAGAGGAGAUUAUGGGCCUAACAAUCCUGGCUGCUGGGACCUCCAUCCCUGACCUCAUAACUAGUGUGAUUGUGGCUCGUAAAGGCCUGGGAGACAUGGCAGUGUCCAGCUCUGUAGGCAGCAACAUCUUUGACAUCACUGUGGGUCUACCAGUCCCAUGGCUCUUGUACUCAGCCAUCCAUGGUUUCUCUCCAGUGGCCGUCAGCAGCAACGGGCUCUUCUGUGCCAUCGUGUUGCUCUUCCUCAUGCUUCUCUUUGUCAUCAUCUCCAUCGCAGCCUGUAAAUGGAAGAUGAACAAGGGGCUGGGCUUCACCAUGUUUCUUCUCUACUUUAUCUUCCUGGUGCUCAGUGUGAUGUUGGAGGAUCGCAUCAUAGUCUGCCCUGUUUCAAUCUGAAAGUGCAAACAGAGGCCUUUUCUACAGUGACUGUUGAACUGUUGAAUCUCA